GCCCGCCAGCGCGCCUCACGGCUCCUGUCUCCCCUCCCCUCCUUCUCUCUCUCUCUCUCUCUCUCUCCCUCUCUCUCCCCUCACGCCUAGCGCAAUGGCGGCGGCCGCGGCGGAGCAGCAACAGUUCUACCUGCUCCUGGGAAACCUGCUCAGCCCCGACAAUGUGGUCCGGAAACAGGCGGAGGAAACCUAUGAGAAUAUCCCAGGCCAGUCAAAGAUCACAUUCCUCUUACAAGCCAUCAGAAAUACAACUGCUGCUGAGGAGGCUAGACAAAUGGCCGCCGUUCUCCUAAGACGUCUUUUGUCCUCUGCAUUUGAUGAAGUCUAUCCAACUCUCCCAUCAGAUGUUCAGACUGCCAUCAAGAGUGAAUUACUGAUCAUUAUUCAGAUGGAAACACAAUCCAGCAUGAGGAAAAAAGUUUGUGAUAUUGCUGCAGAAUUGGCCAGGAAUUUAAUAGACGAGGAUGGCAACAACCAGUGGCCUGAAGGUUUGAAGUUCCUUUUUGAUUCAGUCAGCUCUCAGAACAUGGGACUACGGGAAGCUGCCCUUCACAUAUUUUGGAACUUUCCUGGAAUUUUUGGGAACCAACAACAGCACUAUUUAGAUGUCAUCAAGAGGAUGUUAGUUCAGUGUAUGCAAGAUCAAGAACAUGCUUCGAUCAGGACAUUAUCAGCUAGAGCUACGGCUGCAUUCAUACUUGCAAAUGAGCAUAAUGUUGCUCUGUUCAAACAUUUUGCAGAUUUGUUACCCGGAUUCUUACAGGCUGUGAAUGACUCGUGCUACCAGAACGAUGAUUCUGUGCUCAAAUCCCUCGUUGAGAUUGCAGAUACCGUUCCGAAGUAUUUGCGUCCUCACUUGGAAGCAACGCUACAGCUAAGUCUCAAGUUGUGUGCAGACACGAGCCUCAGCAGCAUGCAGCGCCAGCUAGCCCUCGAAGUGAUUGUGACCCUCUCCGAGACUGCGGCUGCCAUGUUAAGAAAGCACACUAACAUUAUUGCUCAGACGAUCCCACAGAUGCUGGCAAUGAUGGUUGAUCUGGAAGAAGAUGAGGACUGGGCAAAUGCGGAUGAACUAGAAGAUGAUGAUUUUGAUAGCAAUGCGGUUGCUGGUGAGAGUGCGUUAGACCGGAUGGCUUGUGGACUUGGUGGGAAGCUCGUUUUGCCAAUGAUCAAGGAGCACAUUAUGCAGAUGCUUCAGAAUGGUGAUUGGAAGUGUCGGCAUGCAGGACUAAUGGCCUUAUCUGCCAUUGGUGAAGGGUGCCACCAGCAGAUGGAAGGGAUUCUAAAUGAGAUUGUGAAUUUCGUUCUUCUUUUCCUUCAGGAUCCUCAUCCCAGAGUGAGGUAUGCAGCCUGCAAUGCUGUUGGUCAGAUGGCUACGGACUUUGCACCUGGUUUCCAAAAGAAGUUUCAUGAGAAGGUCAUUGCCGCUCUGCUCCAGACCAUGGAAGACCAAGGCAACCAGCGGGUGCAGGCCCACGCAGCAGCCGCUCUCAUCAACUUCACUGAGGACUGCCCCAAGUCCCUGCUUAUUCCGUACCUGGACAAUCUGGUGAAACACCUGCAUUCCAUCAUGGUGCUUAAACUCCAAGAGCUGAUUCAGAAAGGCACCAAGUUAGUUUUGGAACAAGUUGUGACAUCCAUUGCAUCAGUUGCAGAUACUGCAGAAGAAAAAUUUGUUCCUUACUAUGACUUGUUUAUGCCAUCACUGAAGCACAUUGUUGAGAAUGCAGUUCAGAAGGAACUCAGACUUCUGAGAGGAAAAACUAUCGAGUGCAUCAGCCUCAUUGGGCUGGCAGUGGGAAAAGAAAAAUUCAUGCAGGAUGCCUCCGACGUGAUGCAGCUCUUGUUGAAGACCCAGACUGACUUCAAUGAUAUGGAGGAUGACGACCCUCAGAUCUCUUACAUGAUCUCAGCAUGGGCCAGAAUGUGCAAAAUCCUUGGAAAAGAAUUUCAACAGUACCUUCCAGUGGUUAUGGGGCCUUUAAUGAAGACAGCUUCCAUUAAGCCUGAAGUCGCCCUUUUAGACACCCAAGACAUGGAAAAUAUGAGUGAUGAUGAUGGCUGGGAAUUUGUGAACCUUGGAGAUCAGCAGAGUUUUGGUAUUAAAACUGCAGGUCUAGAAGAAAAAUCAACUGCUUGCCAGAUGUUGGUUUGUUACGCUAAGGAACUAAAGGAAGGUUUUGUGGAAUACACUGAACAAGUUGUCAAACUGAUGGUCCCCCUACUGAAAUUUUAUUUCCAUGAUGGCGUUCGAGUGGCAGCCGCGGAGUCCAUGCCUCUUCUCCUAGAGUGCGCACGAGUCCGCGGUCCUGAGUACCUUACCCAGAUGUGGCAUUUCAUGUGUGAUGCUCUCAUCAAGGCCAUUGGCACAGAACCGGAUUCAGAUGUGCUCUCAGAAAUAAUGCAUUCUUUUGCAAAGUGCAUUGAAGUGAUGGGAGAUGGCUGCCUUAAUAACGAACACUUUGAAGAAUUAGGAGGUAUAUUGAAAGCAAAACUAGAAGAACAUUUUAAAAACCAGGAAUUGCGGCAAGUUAAAAGACAAGAUGAAGACUAUGAUGAGCAGGUUGAAGAGUCACUGCAAGAUGAGGAUGAGAAUGAUGUUUAUAUUCUGACAAAAGUGUCAGAUAUUCUGCACUCAAUAUUCAGCAGCUACAAGGAGAAGGUGUUGCCAUGGUUUGAACAGCUGCUUCCGCUCAUCGUCAACCUGAUUUGUCCACACAGACCAUGGCCAGACAGACAGUGGGGAUUGUGCAUCUUUGAUGAUAUCAUAGAGCACUGUAGUCCAGCCUCGUUUAAGUACGCAGAAUAUUUCCUAAGGCCAAUGCUCCAGUACGUGUGUGACAACAGCCCGGAAGUCAGGCAAGCAGCUGCAUACGGCCUGGGAGUCAUGGCGCAGUAUGGUGGAGAUAACUACCGCCCGUUUUGCACAGAAGCACUUCCACUGCUUGUUCGAGUUAUCCAGUCUGCAGAUGCAAAGACCAAAGAAAAUGUCAACGCCACGGAGAAUUGCAUCUCGGCCGUAGGGAAGAUCAUGAAGUUCAAGCCGGACUGUGUAAACGUGGAAGAAGUCUUGCCACACUGGUUGUCUUGGCUUCCACUACAUGAGGAUAAAGAAGAAGCUGUCCAGACCUUCAGUUAUUUGUGUGACCUGAUCGAAAGUAAUCACCCAAUUGUUCUUGGCCCAAACAAUACCAACCUGCCCAAAAUAUUCAGCAUAAUCGCAGAAGGACAAAUGCAUGAGGCCAUUAAACAUGAAGAUCCCUGUGCCAAACGUCUGGCUAAUGUAGUUCGCCAAGUACAGACUUCUGGAGGACUAUGGACUGAGUGCAUAGCCCAGCUCAGUCCCGAGCAGCAGGCGGCCAUCCAGGAGCUCCUGACCUCUGCUUGAAGGGCCUUACCACCACCUGCCAGAACUACUCCAAAUAAACGCUUACCCUUUUGUUUAGGUUCCUUUGUUUUGUUUUGAGCAAGAGAGCAGUAGAGCUGUGUAGGCCGGUCUUCGGGAAGGAGGGCUGCGCGCGCAGGAGCCGCCGCCUGCGUGCCGAGUGCAGUUGCGGAGGAUCUCUGAGAGCACUGGAGGCGCCCGUAAGCCCCACAGUAGCACUGAAGAGUAUUUUUCUAUUGGUGUAUCCCACCCAUGUGAAGGGAAAGGAAAUAAAAUUAACUUUUCUCAGUAGACAUAAGGAAAUUUAAGGAAAAACAGCUUUAAGAUCAAUUAAUCCACAUAGAUGUGUGUGAAAACAAACUGCUAUACAGCCUAGUGUGCAUUCUAUCGAUCGGAGUGUGAGCUUGUGGGAUAGAAGGAAGCCUCCACCCAGCAAACCGGGUGAAAAACCUGAUGACAAACACGAAGCGUGAGGAUGUCACAUUUGAUGUCACUUUGGUUCUUUUCCCCAAGAGGCUUAUGCGGUGACGCAGCAUGGAGGCUUCCGGCUUCCAGCCCUUGAAUGUGAAGUGUCGUUGGCAUGUCUGGCAGUCGUCUCUCGUUCACUCCUCAAUAAACAACAUUGAAAUACAA